GGGGGAGCGGAGGUGACGCCGCCCGGAGCUGUGGGAGCGCCGGCUCCCCAUGGCGCUGAGCAGCCCCAGCCGCCUGCUGCUGGCCGCCGACCGGCUCCGGGCAGCGGGUCUUCGUUUUGCAUCAACUACAGCCCACCUCAAAACUGAGACUGAAGUGGACACAAGCGAAAAUGAGAUUGUUGCCCCAGACUUCACUAACAGAAAUCCUCGGAACUUGGAGCAGUUGGCUCUGGCCAGGAAGGAGCGUGGCUGGAAGACAACGUGGCCAAAGCGUGAGUUCUGGCAUAGAUUGCGGCUUGAGCGGACACAGCAUUAUAUAGAAGCCUUUGUGGAGCGCUCCAAUGGGGAUGUUGUGGUAUCUGCCUCUACCCGAGAGUGGGCCAUAAAAAGACACUUGUACAGUCCCAAGGGAGUAGCCGCAUGCAAAAACCUUGGCCGUGUAAUGGCACAGCGCUGUUUGGAAGCAGGAAUCAACUUUGUGAACUUUAAAGCCAUUAUCCCCUGGGAAUAUCGUUGUGACUCGAUUCAGGAAUUUGAAAAAGCAAUGGAGGAGGGCGGUGUUGUUCUACGCGAGCCACGAAGAAUCUAUCGGUAAAAUGGAGACUUCUAGGAAGACUUUCCAAGGAAAAAUGAUCACUUCUUAAAGUGUGUGUGUUGAAGGACCGGAGCUGGAAAAAAUUGGAAUGUAUCAUCUUAAAAUAAAAUACUUUUAAAUGG